CGUGGAAGAAAUAUGCUAUGGAUAUAUAUAAUCGAAAGAAAGGUGGAUGUUACGUUGCAUUAUUAAUGUAUAAAAUGGCUUGACAAACACAAGCCCACAUCCACCACUCCACACCUUUGUCCUCUUCUUCUUUUUUUCUUCCUCCUCCAUUUCUCUGCAACCCCAAAGUUCGAAUUCUGCAUUUCUCCCAAUCAAGAGAGAUAUAUGAAUAUAAAAAGCUAGCAAGUGGUAUAGUUAUACAUAAGUAAGUGGAUACAUAUAGCUAGUGAAGAUGUGGAAGCUAAAGAUAGCGGAAGACGGCGAUUUUCUGACCACAACCAACGGCCACAUCGGAAGGCAACACUGGGAGUUCGACCCGAAUGCCGGAACCGCUGAAGAAAGGCAAGCCGUGGAAAGGGUUCGUGAAGAGUUCAAGCUCAAUCGAUUCAGGGUGAAGCAGAGUGCUGAUCUCUUGAUGAGGAUGCAGCUGACGAAAGAGAACCCAACUGGGAUGAUUCCAUCAGCAGUGAAAUUGAAGGAAAGUGAAGAGAUAACAGAGGAAGCUGUGAAAACCACAUUGACGAGGUCCAUCAGCUUCUACUCCUCCAUUCAGGCCCAUGACGGCCACUGGCCUGCUGAAUCUGCUGGGCCACUCUUUUUCAUGCCCCCUUUGGUAAUGGCACUGUAUGUCACUGGAUCACUCCACACUGGCCUGUCAUUGGAGCACCAGAAGGAAAUCAAGCGUUACAUUUACAAUCACCAGAAUGAAGAUGGGGGAUGGGGAUUGCACAUAGAAGGGCACAGCACCAUGUUUGGAUCUGCACUAAGCUACAUAUGCUUAAGGCUGCUUGGAGAGGGCCCUGAAGGUGGGGAAGACAAGGCCGUUUCCAGAGGUCGAAAAUGGAUUCUGAGUCAUGGCGGUUUAGUUGGCAUACCUUCUUGGGGAAAGUUUUGGGUCUCUGUAAGGAAUUCCCCUAAACUCUAGAAACUUAGUUAAUUGUGGUGGUUGCAUUAUAUUGCUGCCUGUACUACAACUGCAGGUACUUGGACUGUAUGAAUGGUCAGGCUGCAACCCAUUUCCACCAGAGUUCUGGCUGGUUCCACCAAGCUCCCCUGUCCAUCCAGGCAAAAUGUUGUGUUAUUGUCGACUAGUUUACAUGCCAAUGUCAUACCUCUAUGGCAAGAGAUUUGUUGGGCCAAUCACUGCAUUGAUUCAAACCCUAAGGGGAGAACUCUACAAUGAAUCAUACCAUAAGAUCAAUUGGAAUGCGGCCAGAAACACGGUCGCAAAGGAGGACCUCUACUACCCACAUCCUUUAGUACAGGACUUGACGUGGGGAUUUCUUCACCACUUUGCAGAGCCUCUGCUGACACGCUGGCCGUUCUCUAAGGUGAGGGAGAAGGCGUUGCGAGUGGCCAUGGAACAUGUUCACUACGAGGAUGAGAACAGCAGAUACCUCUGCAUCGGAUGUGUCGAAAAGGUUCUGUGUCUGAUGGCUUGUUGGGUUGAGAAUCCCAACUCAGAAGCCUACCAACGCCAUCUGACCAGGCUUCCUGAUUACUACUGGGUUGCUGAAGAUGGCCUCAAGAUGCAGCAGACAUUUGGGUGCCAAACGUGGGAUGCUGUUUUUGCAAUCCAGGCAAUCAUGUCUAGCAACUUGAGCAAUGAGUAUGGGCCGACUCUCCGAAAAGCACACGAUUUCUUGAAAGCUUCACAGGUAAGAGAGAAUCCGAGUGGCGACUUCAAGGCCAUGUACAGGCACAUAUCCAAAGGGGCUUGGACCUUCUCAGCUCAAGAUCAUGGUUGGCAAGUUUCUGAUUGCACUGCUGAGGGACUCAAGUGUGCACUUUUGUUCUCUCAAAUGCCCGUAGAACUUGUGGGGGAGCCGAUGGGGAAAGAGCAGUUGUUUGAUGCUGUUAAUGUCAUUCUUUCCCUUCAAAGCAACAAUGGUGGAUUCCCAGCUUGGGAGCAACAAAGAGCGUUUCAAUGGUUGGAGAAGUUUAAUCCAACCGAGUUUUUCGAAGAUACUUUGAUUGAGAGAGAGUACAUAGAAUGCAGUGGAUCUGCAAUUCAAAGCCUUGCUAUGUUUAGGAAACACUACCCUACACAUAGAAGGAAGGAAAUCGAUCUUGCCAUCGCAAGAGGAGUCCAUUACAUUGAACAAACACAAAAUCCCGAUGGUUCGUGGUACGGAUGCUGGGGUAUUUGCUACACAUAUGGGACAUGGUUUGCCGUGGAGGGGCUGGUUUCUUGUGGUAGAAGUUACACCAAUAGCCCGGCGUUACGAAAAGCCUGUCAAUUCUUGCUGUCCAAGCAACUCCCUUGUGGUGGAUGGGGGGAGAGCUAUCUUUCAAGUCAAAACAAGGUGUACACGAAUUUGGAAGGAGGCCGGCCGAAUUUGGUUCAAACUGCAUGGGCCUUGCUCUCCCUAAUUGAUGCUGGACAGGCUAAUGUGGAUCCCACACCAAUCCAUGAGGGGAUAAGGCUAUUGAUCAAUUAUCAAAUGGAGGACGGUGACUUCCCUCAGCAGGAAAUUACUGGAGUUUUUAUGAGGAAUUGUACGUUGAAUUACUCCUCGUACAGAAACAUCUUCCCCAUUUGGGCUCUGGGAGAGUACCGCAGAUGUGUGUUGUAUGCAUAAACAUAUGUGCUCUCCCAUUCUUAGUAUAGUAUUUGUGUAAGUUUAAUGAAGUUUAAACCAUGUUGUAUUUCAUACUGCUACAUAGAUCAACAUUCAUAUAUGAAAUAAUAUCAUGAACUAACAGUACGAUGUUUUAUCUAAAAAAAGUGUC